AUGAAAUCCAUCUUCUUCUUCCUCCUCGGCCUCGCCGCCAUGAGCUCCGCCGCCGCUCUCCACCCCACUGACUCACAACUCGUCGACAUCCCCGAACCAGCCCUUUCCGCUGCACACUCCCAGCCUUCAUUGCAGCCCAGACAAGACUACGACGACUGGCAUGAAGACCCAAGCAUUCACCACAGGUUCACCAAGCAGGAUGCUAAGAACUGCCACGAGCCUUGUCAGGUGAGCUAUCAUCACCAACUGAGAAUAUGGGAAUGUAUCUGCCUUUGA